AUGGCUGAACGGAUGGACGCGAUGCAUUCCGCCAUUCACUCGAGCGGCGACGAUCGAAGCAACGGAGCUAGCGUUUCCGCCGCCUCGCCUCGUACCGAUGGCGAUAUUUCCGCCGAGUCUCUGCGCGACCUCCACGCCUCCGCCGCCGAGCCGCUGCUUGGCAGCAGCAGAUCUUCCGCCUCCGCUUCCGCCUCUCCGCUCGUUAAGAGAUCCGCCGCUGCUGCGACUAGCGCUUACGAGCCAAUCGAAAACGGCAACGUGGCAGCUACGAGCACGAGCGUGCCAAUGAGAGAGGUCCACGUGGAUCUGUACAUUCGCGGGCGGGGCAAGAGCGGCAAGGGCAAGGGGCCGGCGUGCUCGUUCGCGGCGCAGCUGCUGGGGUGGCACGCGGACCGCCUUGACGUGGCGGCGAUUAAAAGGCGAGGGCAUGUGCGGGCGGGGUGGAGCUCUGGUGGUGAAUCCGCAAAACGGACUGUCGCUGACGACUUUGAACUGGCAAAACGGUCUGUCGCUGACGAAUCACGCCCGAUGGGGAACCGGGGUGGGCGAUUGCGAGGGCAGGUGGGUGGGGAGUUUGCUGCGGGAUGGGCGGGUGUGCAGGGGGAUGGGGGGGGUGGGGUAGGGGGGCGCUUUGGGCAGCAGGGGUUCUCCUCUUCUCCCUUCGCCUUCUUCUCAUCCCCGUCCCUCUGUCAGCCACUCCCAGCCUGUUUCCCUCUCACCCUCUCCCGGCCUUCCCCUCUCCCCUUCUCCCUCUUUCCCCAUCUCCUAUCUUCCCCAUUCGCAUAUUCCCCCACUUCCCCCACUUCCUUCCCAUCAGGAGCAUUUCUUGAGUCGCUCCCUGGUGGCAGCAGGGGGUCUUCUCUUCGCCCUUGGUCUGCUGCUCCUCAUCAUCCCCCACAACCCCACCUUGCCACCCUGCUUGCAACCUCCGCCCUUCUCUCCACCUCUCCCAAUGUCCCAUAUCAGGAGCCUUUCUUAAGUCGCUCCCUGGUGGCAGCAGGGGUUCUUCUCUUCGCCCUUGCUCUGCUGCUCCUCCUUGUCUCCCACAACCCCCACUUCGCCACCCUGCUUGCAAACUCCCCCUUUCUCCCCCCCUCACCCCACCUCUUCCAUCGUCCUUCCCACCAGGAGCCUUUCUUGAGUCGCUCCCUGGUGGCAGCAGGGGGUCUCCUUUUCUCCCUUGGCCUGCUUCUCAUUCCCCUCCAGGCCUCCCCCAUUCUCUCUCUUUCAUCAUCCCUCUACCAUCUUCUUCCACCAGGAGCCUUUCUUGAGUCGCUCCCUGGUGGCAGCAGGGGGUCUGCUCUUUUCCCUUGGUCUGCUUCUCCUUCUCGUCUCCCACAACCCCCACUUUGCCAGCCUGCUUGCAACGCAUAA